AUGCAGCCCCAUAUUGGAGUUAUGUAUUUCCCAGCGUUGUACUGUUCGUAUUACGGUGGUGAGAAUGCUACGGAAAUCCUGAAAUCUCGCAGUCCCGUACUUGGGUUCCGCAUUCUCCACUCUUGUAUAAUGUGCCACUACAAGAUGGAGUCAGUGGUGUCUCCAGCCUAUCUUAAUGUCCUACGAAAAUAUGAGUCACAGUUGGGUCUUACAGCUGUAUUUUGCACUUUCUCUGUAUUGAUUAAAGUUGCUCGGAUUACUUCUUUUGCCCUAGGCAUGCUUCUAAAACGCGUCACAUUGGCGAUGGCGUCUUUCUGUAAUAAAGCAAGGAGCGUGCAGUGGUAUGACCUAACAAGGCAUUCAUUACUGAAAGAGUACAGUUUAGCAACUGCAGAGCAAAGAGGUUUACUACUUUCAAAGGGACGGUAUCCCAUUACCUCUUCUUAA